GUCAAGAUCGAGACUUUGCCGUGAACGGUUCUGUGUUAAGUGUCCAUUAAAUCUCCGAUCAGCCAUGCUGUUGGCUAACUACCGGGUGACGUUGUUUGUCGCCACCAUUAUUGCCAGUUUGGUGGUAAUUCCCGGCUCGGCCGAGAAUCUGCCCGGGAUGCUGCUGGACUACAGAAAUUCUUUUCUGUCGUACGAGCAGAAGGGACUGGAUACUUGUCCCUUCACCUACUUCCGCGAAACGUGCAGCGACUUUGCCCACGUGACCGUCGUUAGCACCCCGAACACGACCUGCCUGGGAACUUUCAUCAGCGAGCAGUUUGCCCUGGUCAGGGCCAGCUGUUUACCACCGGCUGGAACUGCACCUUCCUGUAUCCGACUCGUGGCCGCCAAAACCGCACAAACCAUUGUGGCCUCUGCCGUGUUUAUCCAUCCGGACUUUCAACGGUCCGGAAGCGCUGGACCUUCGGUGAUGGAUCUUGCCGUGCUAAAGCUGAACGGUUCCGUGAGUUUUAAUCAUAAUUUGGCCGCAAGCUGCCUGUGGGCAUCGGACUCUGUAGAAAUGUACUCAAAGGUUCAGGAAUUGUACUACGACCUGUCCACAAACAAGAUGAAGCAGAACUCGACCAUCUGCACGGGCGAUUCCAAGAAUGAAUGUCUUAAAUCAGUUCAGCGCCAGUGGUGUCAAAGGAAAUCACCAAACAGCUUGCUCCAAAUUCGCGAGCUUGGCAAGUACAAAAUGCAUCCGAUGUUGGCUAGCUUGGCGUGCGAUUCGAACGGUGAGAUCGUAUCGCUAGUUCAGUAUCUACCGUGGAUCCGAGAGGUCACCAAGAACACGGACAUCGAGUAUGACCUGACUAACACCGGGUUGGGGGAGAAGUGCACGAAGGGCGAAUCCGAAGAAGAGGGCGUCUGCAUGCCGAUUGAAAAGUGUCCUCAGGUGUUGAAGAACUUCAAGAAGCUUCAGCACAGUGACAAGCUCAGCACUUGUGGCUUCGAGGGUCAUGAACCGUUAACCUGUUGCGCUACGGAGGAUAUGUUAGUGGGUCCGGAGGAGCAGGACACAUUUAGCGGAAUUGUGGCCGAGAUUGAGCAGUGCGAGCGAAUGUACGAUGAGUUCCGCAGGACACCCGAGGAGUACCAGCUGAACGCACAGGUCGCCAUCAUUGAUUUGCACGAGUCGCUGAACUGCAGUGCAACGCUGAUAACGGCCAGAUAUCUGCUGACGUCGGCGCAGUGUAUUUCGAAUGCCAACCUGAAGAACGCCGUCGUUUGGCUCGGCAUGUCCAAUGACAUCGAUGGCGUGUCCCAGUCGAACCGCAUCCACUCGGUCUACCCCCACCCCAAGUUCAACCCGAAAACCAACCGCAACAACGUGGCCAUCGUGAAGCUCACCUCCCCGGUUCUCAUCCAGCCGUACAGCGUUCCAGCUUGCCUGUGGCACACCAAGUCCAAAAUGCCAACCACUCUGGACAGCACCGGAUUCGACCAGGCCGAACGGACCAUUGCGGCCACUUCGGCCAGCCCGAUGUACUACGGCGACUGUCGGCGCCUUUACAAUCCGGAGCUGAUUCCGGCCGAAAUGUGUGUCCACCAUCAGGCGCUCAAGGAGUGUGGACCCCAAGAUGUGCGGAGUUCGUGCGGCGAUCCGGGCAGCGGACUGUACUCGACGCUGUACGUGGGUGAAGACAUGAAACCGGUUACGUAUCUGGUGGGUGUUUAUAGCUAUGGCUUUCAGUGCGAUAAGGGAGGGCCGGCCAUCUACUCGCGGGUCAGUGAGUAUUACGCGUGGAUUAAGAGUGUGAUCUAUUUGACAGCGCAGGAGCAGGAAUAAAUCGACAGUAACAUUUCAAAAGGCAUCAUGUACAUUUUGACACUUUCUGGGUUAUUGCAUAUUCUGAAAGUACUCCUAAUAAACUACCUCUCCACCAAAAAUGAGCAAAAGUUACUUCAGUAAAGUCUGUUUAAUCAUGAUUUUAAAUAAAGUAACAUAAACAAAAUCUCUGCUAUCAGCAGUUCCUGUUUAUAUAGCCCUGUCAACCUGUCAAAUAAAAGACUACAUGAACCUCUUGACGAAAAACAGCAUCAUGAAAAAAGCGCCAUGUACAUUCGGUGAAGAAAAACGAAUCAUAACAAAGCGCCCCCUCAAUGACAGCAGGGUGAUAUAUACGUUGGUGAUUUCAAAAGAAGUUAUGUUUGUUUUUCUCAAUUUAAAUUACGGAAAUAAUGUUUUAUUGAAUUUGGAUGAUCAAGUAUCAAUAAAAGCAACGUUUUUCAUUGUUUGUUAUCAUUAGAACAUCUUAUUUUGCUUUAAUAUUAAAAUGGGAAUUGAAAAUGGAUGCUCAACAUUCAAAUGCGUUUUUCUCAAAAAGGAUGGUGUGUACAUGAUGCUUUUUGAAAUGUUGGCAUCGAAAUCGGGAAGAUUUCUUGUUGAAAUAUAAAUAUAAAUUUUGCAAAUCAAA